CCCGUGGGUCCUUUCUUGUCGUCGUCGCUGGUGAUGACGUAUGAAUGUAGCGCCUAAACGGUCAACAAAGCUUGUUCUUCGUGGCUAGUUAGUGAAUAUAAGUUGAUCAUAAUGGCCUUGGAGAGAGUCCCUAAAGACAUCCGACAUCUGCGAGCCUGUUUGCUUUGCUCUUUAGUCAAGACCAUCGACCAGUUUGAGUAUGACGGCUGUGACAAUUGUGAUCCUUACCUGCAGAUGAAGGGCAACCGAGAGAUGGUUUAUGAAUGCACCAGUUCUUCAUUUGACGGCGUGGUCGCCAUGAUGAGUCCAGACGACAGCUGGGUAGCGAAAUGGCAGAGAAUAGGCAACUUUGAGCCAGGAGUGUACGCAGUGUCAGUCACUGGCAGACUACCUCCAGGUGUGGUGCGAGAACUGAAGAGCAGGAGAGUCAUCUACAAGUCCAGAGAUACAGCCGUCAAGUCCUGAACCGCCCUUGGUCUCAGUUUGUACUUCUCCUUCUAUUACACGUGUGUCCCGGUCCUGGGACUGCUUGUUGUGGUUCUCCUGCAUGAGAAGAGUAAUAAAGCUUUGACUUUGUAGACUA